AUGUUUGGAAAGAAGAAGAAAAGGCUGGAAAUCUCGGCCCCCUCAAACUUUGAGCAUCGCGUACACACAGGGUUUGACCCCCGCGAGCAGAAGUUCACUGGGCUUCCUCAGCAAUGGCAGAGCCUCCUGGCAGACACGGCCAACCGGCCCAAACCCAUGGUAGACCCAUCCUACAUCACGCCCAUUCAGCUGGCCCCUAUGAAGACUAUUGUGCGGGGGAGCAAGCCACCCAAAGAUGCUUCCAUCAAUGGACUACUCGAAGAGUUUGACAACAUUUCUGUGACACGCUCCAACUCUCUGCGCAAAGAGAGCCCACCAGGAGCCCACCAGGCCAGUUCGGUCAAGCAGCUGUCCAUUGCCUCGGCUAACGCCAGCAGCAGCGGCCCAGAGGAGAACGGCUUCAACCACUACUUUGCCCGAUACUCCUGCGAUCUGGACAGCAGCAGGGACUUUCCACUGGAGCGGGACAAAGGUGCGUAUGACGGAGAAUGGGCGGUGGGGCGCCACUACCGCUUCUCCUUCAAACAGAAUGGCCACUCCAUUCGCAGCCCCUUCUACCCAGAUGCCAUGCCUCAGAAGUCCUCAGACUAUGCCAAGAUGCCGCCAGACUACCAUGCCUACUUAGAGAGCAAGGUACGCCUGUCCACGGAUGAGAUGGCUGCAGGUAGCAGUAGGAACUAUUACAGGGCCUCUCUGGGAGGAUCCAGUCAGGAUUACCGUGAGCAGCCUCUUGGGACGCCAUCACGGGCCUCCCUACACAGUGAGCAAAUCAACUACCCGGAUGGUGACUGGGGCGGAGGAAUCUAUACUGCAGCGCUGAGGGAUGACUAUGAAAGAAGGCCAAAGUCAUCAUACAUUUGUCAUACAAGCCCCCAGCCAGCUAUUCGACAGCGCUCCAGAUCAGGCUCUGGCUUACAGGAGCCCAGUCUGCCCUACGGCAUCAGUGCCUUCAAGGCUGCACCGCACGGGCCCUACAGCUCCUAUACUUACCCUCGUCUUUCUGAAAACACCUCCGCUUCUCAGAUCAUUGGCAAGGCUGAGUAUGACAGGAUGUCACGGGAUGGGACCCCGCAGGUGCCAGGAGCUGAGACGUACCCACGCGGCCCCUUCAAACUACCUCAGAGCCAUGCCAAGAUGGGCUACCCACCGAGCUUUCAGUACCCACCUCCUUUCCACUACAAGCCGUCGCCAUAUCACCAUCCUCCAUCUCAACCCAGUCCUCCAUACACCCCUCAGGGGGCUCACUCCCAGCCCUCCUCACCCUACAUCCCUCCCGGAUACUGGGGCUCAGCCUGUGAGCCUCCACCACCCUCGCGUGUCUCUCAUGAGCAGUUCCGUGCUGCGCUGCAGCUUGUAGUGAACCCAGGUGACCCACGUGAGUACCUGGACAACUUCCUAAAGAUUGGUGAGGGCUCCACAGGGAUUGUGUGCAUCGCCACGGAAAAGCACAGCGGCAAGCAGGUGGCCGUCAAAAAGAUGGACCUGAGAAAACAGCAGCGGCGCGAGUUGCUCUUUAAUGAGGUGGUGAUUAUGAGGGACUACCACCAUGAAAAUGUGGUGGACAUGUAUAACAGCUACCUGGUUGGAGACGAGCUCUGGGUGGUGAUGGAGUUCCUGGAAGGCGGGGCUUUAACAGAUAUUGUCACGCACACAAGGAUGAAUGAGGAGCAGAUUGCCACAGUGUGUCUGUCGGUGUUGAAAGCGCUCUCAUAUCUCCACACACAGGGUGUCAUCCACCGAGACAUAAAGAGUGACUCCAUCCUCCUCACUAGUGAUGGCAGGAUAAAGCUCUCUGAUUUUGGCUUUUGUGCUCAAGUCUCAAAAGAUGUGCCUAAGCGGAAGUCCUUGGUUGGCACACCAUACUGGAUGGCACCUGAGGUCAUCUCUAGGCUGCCAUAUGGCACAGAGGUUGAUAUUUGGUCUCUAGGGAUCAUGGUGAUUGAGAUGGUGGACGGGGAACCGCCCUACUUCAACGAGCCUCCACUGCAGGCCAUGAGGAGAAUCCGAGACAACCUUCCCCCUCGGCUAAAAGAAUCGCACAAGGUAUCAUCCGUGCUCAGAGCCUUUUUGGACCUGAUGCUGGUGAGGGAACCUUCACAGCGGGCCACGGCACAGGAGCUCCUGCAGCACCCUUUCCUCAAGCUCUCAGGCCCUCCCUCGUGCAUCGUUCCUCUCAUGAGGCACUACCGCCAUCGCUGA